UCCCGAGCUGCAGUUUGGUGUCGGCUUCGCAGGUGGAAAGAGGAAGGGGAACUCAGCAGCCAAGAGAGUGUUUCUGUGGGACGAAGGAGGCAUAGAGAGAGAGAAGAAUAGAAAGAGAAAGUGAUAAUUCCGGGAGAUAGCGAGGGGAGAAGAGCAGGAUAAUGUGGAAGGAAUUGGUGCUGUUAGCCGGGGCGCUGGCAUUCGCCCACGCACAGCAGUUCGACUACUAUGACUACGUCGACGAUGCACAGACGGUCCUCCCCGCCCCUCCUCCCCCUCCUCCUCGGUCCAGACCACAGUCCAGACCUGUAGCGCGAGGACCUCCUCCGCCCCAGUCUAGACCUGCAUCCCAACACCCCGCCCAACAGCAGACCGCAAACGACCCAAAUACCACUCCGGUGCCUAUCGUCACUGAUAUCCGAAGAAUCGACACGAAGACCGGCGGCUUCGUGUACCAGUACGCAGGCGCCGACGGAUCUGCCAAGUACGAGCUGCGCCUCCCGAACGGCACCGUGACGGGCAACUACACGUUCAUCAACGACCUGGGCGAACGUGAGACCCGCUGGUACUCGGCUGGCGUACACGACCCGUCCCUCGUCGACGAGACUACGGACCCCAACUACGUGGACCGCGGCAACUACGAUCUGUACAAGCAUCUCGAGGAGCCCUACGUGCACAUCGCAGGCACCGACGGCAGCUUCGACGCACAGGCCCCGCGGUCCAGCCCGAGGGCUCAGCGUCCCUCUCCUCCUCGGUCAUCGGGUCCUCGCCCUUCGGGUCCUCGAGCCUCGGCUCCUCGUGCGCCCCCUCCUCCUCCUCCUCCUCCUCCUCGUGCUGCCGCAACUCCUCUGGAUUACGACGAUCCUUCGCUUCACUUCAUCGAACCAGCUCCUAUCUUCGAGGGCGUCCCCGUCGAGCCUCUGGAGCCCCUGCCGCCCGUCCCUGCCGCUCCCCCACCACCCCCUGUCCGAAGUGGCCGCGGGCGUGCAGGCGGGCGAGUCAAGGUGAGCUCAAGACCCGUAUCGCCGCCUCACAGACUGAACUCCCAGAGCGCCACCGACGCCUUCCUCGACGACAUCAUCAGCAGGUUCUCAUAAGGCGGUGUGUUCCUCGCCGGAAUCCAGUUCAGUCGAAAAUGCAACAUGAGAUUGUUUAAACAUAAAAUUCAAUAGGAUAAAUACAUGUGUACCAUUAGGUGCGAUUCGAAGUUUGGCAACAUUGACUGACUCCUGUAUAUACAAUAAGAUUUAUAAAAUACAUAUAAUCACAAGCUUAAACAAAAAUGUGAUUUCAAAAGCAGACUCUACACACUGAGUAGAAUUUUAAAAAAGACUUUGUUUGUUACGUCCUGCUGCCAUUGUUGUUGUUGUGGCAGCUUUUCUAUGAAAUAAAAGAGAUCUGUAUUAUAUAAUC